AUGAUCAGAAUUAAAUUAUUGAAAUACUUUAGCUCCACAAUAAAUUAGGCAGACAGAUAAAAUUUCAAUAAAAUAUAGGAUUGGUGGAGUGUAGGUGGAUCAAUGGCACCUCUUUAUUCAUAUAAUCAUUUGAGAGUUUAAUUUAUUCAUGAAAUCCUCAAUAGACCAUAAAAGGGAAAGUCAUUAGCUGGAUUGCAUUCUUUGGACGUAGGAGUUGGAGGAGGAAUUCUUAGUGAAAGCCUGAGAAGAUUAGGAAGUAAAGUUACAGGAAUUGAUGUAUCUGAAAAUUCAAUAGAGACUGCAAUUUAGCAUAAAAAUACAGACCCAGAAUUAAAUGAUUCAGACUUGGAAUAUAAAUUAAUAAGCAUAGAGGAAUUAUCAAAAAACCAAGAAAAGCAAUUCGACAUCAUUACAGCAAUGGAAGUAAUAGAACAUGUUGAAAAUCUCCCAUUAUUUAUAGAAUCACUAGGGAAAUUACUAAAGCCUGAUGGGAAACUAUUUAUCUCAUCAAUUAAUAAAAGUUAUGAAUCUUAUUUGAAAUUAAUUAUUGGUGCGGAAUAUAUUGCUAGAGUAGUUCCAUAGGGUACUCAUGAUUGGAAUAACUUUAAGACUCCAGAACAGGUGUGGCUGCAAUUAAAUAAAUAGAAAAUCAACAUAGAUGUGUUGCGUGGAGUAGAAUAUAACUUAUUGAAUGGAGAAAUGAAAUAUAGUAAUAAUGAAACCCAAUAUAUUAUGGCUUGCAGCAAGUAAAAAAUGGAAUGA